CCUGGGUCUGUACCAGUGGAGCGAGGCGGUGAUCCGGAGGGUGGUCCGGCUGUGGGACAUCAGAGGAGGAGAGAUAGUCCGACACCAGGUCCACGUGCUGGUGACCCCCCGCGUCGUGGAGGAGGCCCGGAGACACUUUAACUGUCCCAUCCUGGAGGGCAUGGAGCUGGAGAACCAGGGGGGAACCGGGACGGAGCUGAACCACUGGGAGAAGAGACUGCUGGAGGUCUGACACUCUUACAUUAG